AUGGCAACACGGAAAAAGGUGCUUCUCAAGGUGAUUAUCCUGGGUGAUUCAGGUGUCGGUAAGACGUCUUUGAUGAACCAAUAUGUGAAUAAGCGAUUUUCGGCUGCGUACAAAGCUACGAUUGGCGCCGAUUUCUUGACGCGUGAAGUGGUGGUCGAUGGUCGUCUCGUCACAAUGCAGCUGUGGGAUACCGCGGGCCAGGAGCGCUUCCAGUCUUUGGGUGUGGCAUUCUACCGAGGUGCAGACUGCUGUGUGUUAGUGUAUGAUGUCAACAAUCCCAAAAGCUUUGAGACGCUAGACAGCUGGCGCGAUGAGUUCCUUAUCCAGGCGAGUCCUCACGAUCCGGACAAUUUCCCCUUUGUGGUGCUCGGCAACAAGAUUGACGUGGAAGAGAGUAAGAGGGUGGUAUCUCAAAAGCGCGCCAUGUCUUGGUGCCAGAGCAAAGGCAAUAUCCCGUACUUUGAGACCUCCGCCAAGGAGGCCAUCAACGUUGAGCAGGCGUUCCAAACGAUUGCCAAGAAUGCGUUGCAACAGGAAGCGGAAGCCGAACUGUAUGCAGACUACCCUGACCCCAUCCGGAUCGAUGCCGCCAACCCGCGUUCGUCGGGCUGCAACUGCUAA